AUGCAUAAGCCAAUUGCUCCAACUAAAUCAUAGUCUCCAUAUAAUUCAGGCAAAAAGAAUCCUGAUUACAUCAAUCCCACAUUUGUUAGUCAGACUGUGUUUCAAGAUAACCUCUCCUAAACAAAGGCUUUAUAAAAUGGACAUACAAAAUAAAAUAGUAGUUAUUACUCAUAUUAUAAUUAAACUUAAAAAUUAUAAAACGAAAAGACUCAAGGGACAAUUGAAAAAUAGCGAUACGCAAAUAUUUUGAAGUUCGAAUAAAAACGAUUUGAAACCAAUGACAAGAACUAUUUUGUUGAUAGGAAAAAGUAAUUAUCAUAGCAUGAACUCACACCUGAUUAUUCUCUUAAUAGAAUCAAAAGGAAUAGUUAAAUCGAAUUAAACAUGUCUUGGAACAACGGAGUUCAGGACCAUCAAAUCAAAUAGGAUGUGAAAAAGGAUGAAAAGAGAAAACUUUACACAGAAAUAGAGUAGACUGAAUAAUUCUAUUCGUCAGUGAAAGAAAUCAACAAAUCUGUUAAAGAUUUCAAAGCCUAAAGUUAUUUAAGAGGAUUGCAAUUGCAGAACAGACACAAUGAAUAUUUAAAGGAAGUAGAGAAAACUAAAAAGUUAGAGGAAGAAAUCAUAAGGUGCCAGGAACUCAAAAUAUAAGAAUUAAGGAGGUAGUAAGAAUAACUUAGCAUAGCUAAAUCCAAAUUUACUAAAUGA